GCCAUCUUGUCUUGUUCGUGAAGAAGUAGAAGCAUCGAAAAGGGUUGGAGAGGUAUUGCAAGAACCGUGGCGACAGCGGUGUUCCGGAACAAGAGUGGUGGUGGACGUUAUGUGUUAAGCUUCACAAGGAAACAGAAAAUCAAUAUAUUUUUAAAGAAAGAAUGUGGGAUCAAGGAGGACAGCCGUGGCAGCAAUGGCCCUUGAACCAACAACAAUGGAUGCAGUCAUUCCAGCAUCAACAGGAUCCAAGCCAGAUUGACUGGGCAGCAUUGGCUCAGGCUUGGAUUGCCCAAAGAGAAGCUUCAGGACAGCAAAGCAUAGUAGAACAACCACCAGGAAUGAUGCCAAAUGGACAAGAUAUGUCUGCAAUGGAAUCUGGUCCAAACAAUCAUGGGAAUUUUCAAGGGGAUUCCAAUUUUAAUAGAAUGUGGCAACCAGAAUGGGGAAUGCAUCAGCAGCCCCCACACCCCCCUCCAGAUCAGCCAUGGAUGCCACCAACACCAGGCCCAAUGGACAUUGUUCCUCCUUCUGAAGACAGCAACAGUCAGGACAGUGGGGAAUUUGCCCCUGACAACAGGCAUAUAUUUAACCAGAACAAUCACAACUUUGGUGGACCACCCGAUAAUUUUGCAGUGGGGCCAGUGAACCAGUUUGACUAUCAGCAUGGGGCUGCUUUUGGUCCACCGCAAGGUGGAUUUCAUCCUCCUUAUUGGCAACCAGGACCUCCAGGACCUCCAGCACCUCCCCAGAAUCGGAGAGAAAGGCCAUCAUCAUUCAGGGAUCGGCAACGCUCACCUAUUGCACUUCCUGUGAAGCAGGAGCCUCCACAAAUUGAUGCAGUAAAACGCAGGACUCUUCCAGCUUGGAUUCGUGAAGGUCUUGAAAAAAUGGAACGUGAGAAGCAGAAGAAAUUAGAAAAAGAAAGAAUGGAACAACAACGUUCACAGUUGUCCAAAAAAGAAAAGAAGGCCACAGAAGAUGCUGAAGGAGGAGAUGGCCCUCGCUUACCUCAGAGAAGUAAAUUUGAUAGUGAUGAGGAAGAUGAAGAUACUGAAAACAUUGAGGCUGCAAGCAGUGGAAAAAUCACCAGAAGUCCAUCUCCAGUUCCUCAGGAAGAGCAAAGUGAACCAGAGAUGACUGAAGAAGAGAAAGAAUAUCAAAUGAUGUUGCUGACAAAAAUGCUUCUGACUGAAAUUCUGUUGGAUGUCACAGACGAAGAAAUUUAUUAUGUAGCCAAAGAUGCACACCGGAAAGCAACGAAAGCUCCUGCAAAACAGCUGGCACAGUCCAGUGCACUGGCUUCCCUCUCUGGACUCGGUGGACUGGGUGGUUACGGAUCAGGAGACAGUGAAGAUGAGAGGAGCGACAGAGGCUCUGAGUCAUCUGACACUGAUGAUGAAGAAUUGCGGCACCGAAUCCGGCAAAAACAGGAAGCUUUUUGGAGAAAAGAGAAAGAACAACAGCUAUUACAUGAUAAACAGAUGGAAGAAGAAAAGCAACAAACAGAAAGGGUUGCAAAAGAGAUGAAUGAAUUUAUCCAUAAAGAGCAAAAUAGUUUAUCACUGCUAGAAGCAAGAGAAGCAGAUGGUGAUCUGGUUAAUGAAAAGAAAAGAACUCCGAAUGAAAAUACGUCAGUUUUAGAACCAAAAAAAGAGCAUAAAGAAAAAGAGAAACAAGGGAGGAGUAGAUCAGGAAGUUCUAGUAGUGGUAGUUCCAGUAGCAAUAGCAGAACUAGUAGUACUAGUAGUACUGUCUCUAGUUCUUCAUACAGUUCUAGCUCAGGUAGUAGUCGCACAUCUUCUCGGUCUUCUUCUCCUAAAAGGAAAAAGAGACAUAGUAGGAGUAGAUCUCCAACAACUAAAGCUAGACGUAGCAGAAGUAGAAGCUACUCUCGCAGAAUUAAAAUAGAGAGUAAUAGGGCUAGGAUUAAGGUUAGAGAUAGGAGAAGAUCUAAUAGAAGUAGCCUUGAAAGAGAAAGACGACGAAAUCGGAGUCCUUCCCGAGAGAGACGUAGAAGUAGAAGUCGCUCGAGGGAUAGACGAACCAGUCGUUCCAGUCGCAGUAGGAGUCGAGAUAGGCGUAAAAUUGAGGAUCAACGUGGAAAUCUUAGUGGGAGCAGUCAUAAGCAUAAAGGUGAGGCUAAAGAACAAGAGAGGAAAAAGGAAAGGAGUCGAAGUGUAGAUAAAGAUAGGAAAAAGAAAGAUAAGGAAAGGGAGCGUGAACAGGAUAAAAGAAAAGAGAAACAAAAAAGGGAAGAAAAAGAUUUUAAAUUCAGUAGUCAAGAUGAUAGGUUAAAAAGGAAACGAGAAAGUGAAAGAACAUUCUCUAGGAGUGGUUCUAUAUCUGUUAAAAUCAUAAGACAUGAUCCUAGACAGGAUAGUAAGAAAAGUACUACCAAAGAUAGUAAAAAGCAUUCAGGCUCUGAUUCUAGUGGAAGGAGCAGUUCUGAAUCUCCAGGAAGUAGCAAAGAAAAGAAGGCUAAGAAGCCUAAACAUAGUCGAUCGCGAUCCAUGGAGAAAUCUCAAAGGUCUGGUAAGAAGGCAAGCCGCAAACACAAGUCUAAGUCCCGAUCAAGAUCAACAACCCCUCCCCGUCGUAAGCGCUGAGGAAUGAUGUGGCAAGAAUGCCAUGAUGUUGUUUUAAAAAAUUCCAUGAGUUUUAAGGGCUUGUCUCAUUAUAGAGGCACAUUGUGGCUGUGUAGGUGAAACCAGAAUUUUUUUUUUUUUUUUUAAUCUGUAAAUAGGUGUAUUUUUUUCCAAAUGCUGCUCCAAGUUACUUAAUAGGAUUUCUUUGUAUUACAUUUUUUUCAAAAAAUAGUGCAUAAUAAGACUAUAAACAUGCCAUUCUCUUUCAGCUGUAAUGUUCUUAAAAUUAUUCUCGAAUGUACUGUGAUGUCAAUAAAGCUCUUUAGUUCAUUUUUGUUAAA